CAUGGAUCACCAGCUGGCUGCCCUCCUGGUGCCCCACCUCCCAGAACCAGCUCAAGACUGCAGAGGAGAAGAUGCUGCAAUGCAUCACAGGCAAGGUGUCCCAGCAGUAUGUCCCAAUCUCGGAUGGUAACAUGCUGUGGACCCUCACAUUGAAUAGAAACAUGAAGAACCAGACUCCCCUGGUGCUGCUGCAUGGCUUCGGUGGAGGGGUGGGCCUGUGGGCCCUCAACCUAGACGCCCUGGCCCAACAGAGGCCCGUCUAUGCCUUUGACCUGCUGGGCUUCGGCCAGAGCAGCAGGCCCUACUUCAGCUCCGACGCCAAGGAGGCUGAGGCCCAGUUUGUGGACUCCAUCGAGCAGUGGAGGGCUAAAGUCGGCCUGGAAGCCAUGGUCAUGCUGGGACAUAACUUUGGAGGUUAUUUGGCAGCUGCUUAUUCGCUCAAGUAUCCCACCAGGGUAAAGCACAUGCUGCUGGUUGAGCCGUGGGGCUUACCUGAGCGUCCAGACACAGAAGACCAGGACAGGCCCAUCCCGGUGUGGAUCAAAGCCCUGGGAGCCAUGUUGAGCCCGUUCAACCCCCUGGCAGGGCUACGUCUGGUGGGGCCACUGGGUCCCACACUUGUUUCAACUCUAAGACCAGACUUCAAGAAGAAAUACUUGUCCAUGUUCAACGACGACACGGUCACAGAGUAUAUCUAUCAUCUGAACGUCCAGACUCCCAGUGGUGAGACAGCCUUCAAGAACAUGACCAUCCCAUGCGGGUGGGCCAGAGAGGCCUAUGCUGCAGAGGAUUGGCCUGCUCCAUGCUGACAUCCCUAUUACUG